AUGCUAGAUGGGAAGGCACCUCUUCUAGUUCAGCAACCUAAUUCCUUUGGAAUGAGUGAUUCCGGUCUCAAUGGAAUACCUUAUGCAGAUAAUACUACAAACAAUGAGGAUGAUUCUUUUGACAUGUUUGCUGAAGAUGAUAACAAAUCUAAUGUUGAUCGAUCGACUGGCAUUGGAUCUACAAAAAAUGAUUAUAUGGAGGAGCUUGACUUGACUGUGUUGUGGGCAAUGGCGGAAGAUUCGCUUGGAAUGAGUAUAUUACCACAAGACGGAAUGAAUUUGAUCAUGAAAAUUGCAAAUCAUGAACCUAAAACUGGAUACACCAAAUCAGCCUUGUAA